CUUACAAUCAGAGCCGAUUUCCGAGUCCUCCCUCUUCUCACCAUCGGCUUCGCAACCUACCAGAUUGACCGCACAAAUAUUGCCAGUGCGCUGACGGGAGGUUUCGCAUCGGAUAUUGGCAUAAGCCAAGACAUUAUUAAUCUAGGCAAUCAACUUAUGUUUUUGGGUGUGAUUGUCCUCGAAAUACCGUCCAACAUGGUUCUACAAAAGGUCGGACCCCGCCGCUGGAUCAGUGCCCAGGUCUGCAUCUUCGGAGUCAUUGCCGCAUUGCAGAUCUUUAUUCGGAAUAAGACGGGUUUCCUGCUUACUCGAAGCAUCCUGGGUCUCGCGGAGGCCGGGUAUAUCCCAGCUGCUAUGUACACUCUUUCAACGUGGUAUACGAAGGAGGAGUUAACGAAGCGCAUUGCAGUUUUCUUUUUUGGAAUGUUUGGGGGCGCUGCGGUGUCGCCGUUACUUGGUGCUGCCUUGCUCAAAUUAGAUGGGAAGGGAGGAUUGCAUGGUUGGCAGUGGAUAUUCUUGCUGGAGGGAAUAUGGUCGGUCAUUAUUGCGAUCGCUUUGUUCACACUACUGCCGGAGAGAGAGGGAAAUGCUAGUGAAACCUCUGAUGAAGAGUCUGCUUGCAAAUCUCAGUCAUGGAAUGGGACCACCUCUAAUACGAUUCCUGUCAAGGUGGUUUGGGAAACACUCACAAACUACACCAAAUGGCCCCACUUCCUCGCCACAGCAUGUGUCUUCGCAACCUGGAGUCCCCUUACUACAUAUACUCCGACAAUCAUCAUGUCACUGGGGUUCUCUCGCAUCCAGGCAAACGCUCUCGCUGCGAUAGGGAGCUUACUCACCCUACCGGUCAUUGUCUUCUUCGCAUCUCUGAGUGACUGGUCACGCAGGCGGGGGAUGAGUGUUAUGCUUGCAAUUGCUGUGUAUCUCGUCGCACUCAUUCUGUUGAGGGUUUUGCAGGUCCACGUCUAUAGAUGGGGGCGGUUUGGCCUCUGGACGACUGUUAAUGGGCUGGCGGUCGGGUAUCAUCCUGUUCAUAAUGCUUGGAUUCAGGUUAAUUGCUCUAGUCCCGGGGAGAGAAGUGUUAUUGUCAUGUCUGCCACGGCUGGGCUCAUGGCCGGGACGCAGAUCUUCCGACAUGAUGAUGGUUUGAAUGGCUAUCCGAGGGGCAUACUGAUCAUGAUAUUUUUGGUCUUAUCCGGCCUAAUCUUGGUGGCUAUUCAGAGUGCGAUUUAUCGCUCAGUAAACCGUUCAAGCAAGAGUAGGAUCGUCCAGGAGACUUGA